CGCGGAAAAAGGUCCGAGCUUAAAGUUCAAUUAGAUCACAUCAAAACCACUUUACUUCAUAGAGUCUGAGCUCGAGAUAGUAUCUAACACAGACACCACCGACUUAAUAAGAAUGGACCAGCUACUAUCGAAGGCGGGAAGUACCCUUGUUACCUUUGCAGUAAGAUCGGGGGUGCAGGUUGCAUCAACAUACGUGAUCAAAUCAGUCUCCACUUUAAUGGAUCAUGUUCCGGAGCAACAGAAGAAGAAAUUAGAUAGGAAAAGAAACCAGUUAGAAAGCAAAGUGGAAACUGUUACUUAUUCAAUAGAAGUUUUGAGGUUAAUGGCUGCAAAAGGUAACUCUAAUUUGAGUUAUGUGCUAAAAUUAGCCGAUUAUUUGAAGGAAGAUAUUGAUAACUUUUCCAAGGAUAUAGAAAUCUUGACUGCCGAUUUGAAAAAAAAAAAAAUUAGUUCUGAACUUCUUAAAAUCAUAGAAAAAACAAUUGACGAUUUGGUUGAAAAAAUUGAUAACAUAAUUCCUAUCUUAAAUUUAGUGCUGACUACAUACGGUACAUCCACCGUAAAUAAUUUUCAAGAUUAUGUUUCUCCCGGACGGCUACUAAAUUCGACAGUUUUGGUAAAUCAGUCUAAUGAAGAGUUUGUCAAACACAAGUCCGGACAAGAAAUUAACGUUGGUCCGGAAUUUUCCUUGACAUUCUACAACAUAUAUUAUAAUCACACGGCAGCUUCUAACGGGGAGCAUCAAAUUACAUGGAGAGAGAAGUACGCUCGGUGUAAGUUUCAAGUUGUAAGAGUUCCAAAUAAUGAGGUUGAAUACUGUUACAAACUGAAAAUACUGGAAGAUUUUGAUGAUGAAAGAUACCACGAAGAAGAUGAAAAACCAGAAAGAAAAUCGUAUGACAUACGUCAAAUCAGCAAGCUUUUUUUUAGUGCGUCUGGGAGACUUUUAAAGCUAGAGGACAGAUCUUCCCCGGUGUUGGUUCUUAAGACUAUGAAAACAACAUCCGAAGAGUUGGAUAGUGAAACUCUUAAUGGUGCUGAGGAGAAGCCGCACGAUGAUGGAGGAGUCGAAUGGAUCGCUGUGGGUGAUUACGAAAUGGGCACAACUGAAUCAGAUAGUGAUGAUGACGAUGAAGAGGAGGACGAGCAUGACGAAGAAAAAAGCUUUACUGAGGCCAAACAGGAAAUAGAAGCAAAGGCAACUGAUAAGGCCAAGCCUAAUAAUAAAAUAGGGAACAGCUCUCCUUUGUCAUUAUUAGAAUACUUGAUAAGGCUAUGCACUUUACAAGCAAAUGAUCAAAUGCCACUUUUAGAAGUGAAAGAUGAGAGGUUGCGCCUGUACCUAGCCGAUGAAAACCAGAUGAACAAGACUCCUAAUAAAGUGGCGUCUUUGAACAAAAAGAUGGAAAGCCUUAAGAUUUGAGAGGUUAUAAGUAUAUAAUUAUGUAACACCAGUUCCAUAUAAAGAGUGCAUCAAGUUUUCUCUCAUGUAUGCUUAGAAAAUGUAGCGAGCUUCCCCG